CGGGCCUGGACACCUUUUUAAAAAAUCAAUAAAUUAAUGGACGGGCCAGGCCCGACCCGUUUGUAAAAAUGGCCGGGCAUGAACAAUGGUAUUUAAAUUUCGGGCCGGCCCGUUAGCAAAUUAAAUCAGUGUUGUUUUUUUUUUUACAAAAAAAAAAAAAUACAGUCGACACAAUUGUACAAGUACUUAUCUAGAAGAGUCUUUGUCUCUUUGAAUGCCAUUUACUCUCUCUCUCUCCACAAUAUAAACAAAAAAAAAAACCCUAGAUCUACAAUCUACAUUUUCAUCUCUCUUUACUUCAUAGUUCAUAAUCUUUAUAUCAUACUAAUCAUAGUGAAAGGCAUCAUUUUUCAAAGCACAAGAUCUACGACGUGAAUAGUGAGGUUUUGUGUAAUAAUCAUGGAAGGGAGUGUCAAUUCUCCGGUAGAUGUGUUGGAUGAUGAAGAUGAACUUCCUUGCAAUAAUCAAAGCCCUCUAGUUAAUUCUAAAGGUAGGAAGUUAACUUUCCCUGUUUGGCAAAAUAUGACAAGACAAGUCUUAAAAGAUGGGAGUGUCAAAGCUACUUGUAAUUAUUGUAAGAUUGUAAUGAGUGCUAAUAGUAAUAGUGGCACAUCUCAUCUUGCAAGACAUAUAGGCAAGUGUCCUAAACGAAUGAAUUAUGACAUUAGAAAUUUUUGCAUUUCUGGUACUCCAUCAGUGGGUGGUAGUAGCAACUUGUCAUUAAAAAAUCCUAGUAUUAAUUUUGAGGAGGUUCGUAGAGCAUACUCAAGAUGAAUUUAUGUGCAUAACAGCUCAUUGGGUUGAUAUUAAUUGGAAAUUGCAGAAGAGAAUAAUUAAGUUUGGGGCCUUAACACCCCCAUUUGGUGGAGUGUCUCUUGCUGAUGAGAUUGCAUUAUGUUUGAGUGAAUGGAAAAUUGAUCACAAGGUACAUACUUUUACCGUGGACAAUGCAUCGUAUAAUGAUAGCAUGAUUUCUUCUCUUAAAAAUUAUCUCCAAAGAAAAAAAUGUUUGUUUUUUGGUGGAGAAUUUUCUCAUUUUCGUUGUGCUUGUCAUAUUAUUAAUCUAGUGGUGCAAGCUGGGUUAAAGCUUAUAGACGAUGUUGUGAUUAAAAUCAGAAGUAUAGUUAAGCAUUUUCGACACUCGAUCCCAAAGAAGAACAAGUUUUAUAAUAUUGCUGAAACAAGUUUUGGCAUAAAAUCAACUAAAAAAUUGCGUGGAGAUAAUUGCAUAAUGUGGAAUUCAACUUUUUUGAUGCUUGGUCGGUUUAUAUAUUUUAAAGAUGUCAUUGAUCGUGUAGUAAGUUGAGAUAAAGAUCUGAAAAGCUUUAGUCUCACAAAGGAUGAGUGGGAUAGAGUUGUUGAGUUGCAUGCUUUCUUGAAUAUUUUCUAUGAUGUAACUAAUACAUUUUCAUCUUCUAAGAAUUCCACUGCAAAUCUAUUUUUUGGUAGUGUGUGGAGGGUACAUAAGAAAUUAAUUGAGGUUGCAGAAGGACCUUUGGGUAACUUGUGUUCCAUGGCUAAGGAUAUGCAAGUAAAGUUUGAUAAGUAUUGUUCUGAAUAUAAUAUUCUUCUUUCAUGUGCUGCUGUUUUAGAUCCUCGUUUUAAGUUGGAGAGGGUAGAAUAUUGCUUUGCGAAGUUGUAUGGGGAACAUAUCCUAGUGAGAUGGUUUCACGUAUUAGAAUUACAUUGUUUGAUUUAUUUGACAAGUAUAAAGGAGUUGCACAUGGCUCAUCUUCUCCUACUUUUGCCACAAUUAAGCUCGAGGAAAACCAAUAUUUCUAACAGUGUAAGUUGUUCUGGUGAUCAAAUGAAUGAAAUGAUGGAGUAUAAAAUGUUCUCAAGUAAGAAGAGAAAAGUAGAUAGUGAGAAGAGUGAACUGGAGCUCUACUUAGAAGAGAAGAAUUCUGAUGUCAUGGAAAAAUGUGAUGUAUUAGCCUAUUGGAAUAAGAGCUCAGUUCGUUAUCCAAACCUUGCAUGCAUGGCUCGUGAUAUUUUAACCAUUCCUAUCUCUACUGUUCCUUCUGAAUCUGCUUUUAGUAUGAGUAAACAAUUGAUAAAUCCAUGGAGAGCUUCCUUGGGGGAAGAGACAAUUGAGGUUCUUGCAUGUUACGAAGAUUGGUUACGUGCAAAAGGCUUUACAUUAGGAGGCUCAUCGAGCUUUUUUAGUUAUGGGAAUUCAGCUCUUGGGGAAAAAGAAGAAGAUGAAGAUGACUAUGAAUCCAAAGACGAGGAUUAAACUACUAUUGAAUAAAAUUAUUUAAUUAAGUGUGUUUACACAUUUAAUAAUGCUUUUUUUUUUUAACUUAUUAUUUAUUUCUUAUUAUCUUCUAACUAACUACUAAUUUAAUUUUAAUUUUUGUUUUGAUAGUGGGCAGGGGUCUACAUUGGAUUUUGGAUUAAACUAGUAAGCUGGAGGAUAAUGAGCAAAUGGCAUACGCUACUGCUUGCAAAGUUGGACUAUUAAGCCUGUUUUAAUUUUGUGUAAUUAAUAUAUACUAUUUUGUAAAAAUUAAAUUUAUAACAUGCCCUGUUAAUAUUUUGCUUAAUGCAUUAUCUAUUUUAAGAUUCA